AUGGAAGCGACGAAGAAUGGCAAGACGACGGUGGGGGACUACCUCCUGACCAGGCUGCGCCAGCUGGGCGUGGACCACAUGUUCGGCGUGUGCGGCGACUUCGUGCUGGGCUUCUGCAACCAGGUCAUCGAGAGCGGUAUGGAGUACGUGGGCACCUGCAACGAACUCAACGCCGGCUACGCUGCCGAUGGCUACGCUCGCAUCAAGGGUUUGGCUGCGGUCACGACAACCUACGCUGUGGGCGAGUUGUCUGCGCUCAACGCCGUGGCCGGUUCCUUCGCCGAGAGGAUUCCGGUUGUGGUCAUCAGCGGAUCGCCCACCACCGAGGACCAGCGGAAGCAGCCGCUUUUGCACCAUACUCUGGGUGACUACAGCAUUCCCUUCAAGAUCUUCUCCCAUGUGACCUCGGCGCAGACGAUCCUCAACGACCCCGAGAGCGCCCCGAGGGAGAUAGAUCGCGUGUUGUCGGUCUGUCUCACCAAGCUGAGCCCCGUCUACAUCAGCCUGCCCGCUGAUAUCUGCAAUGCCGAGUGCGCUGCGCCCGACCCCAACUUCAAGUUUGUGAAGGAGAUCGACGUGGACAGCCAGGUACUCGAGGAGUGCAUGGAGGAAACCCUCAAGAUGGUCGAGGCUGCUCAGAAGCCCAUCAUCAUCGCCGACAUGGAGCUCAUCCGCAAGAAGCUUCACAAGCAAUUCCGCCACCUGCUCGAGAAGAGCGGAUUCCCCUACGUGACGGUGAUGAUGGGCAAGGCCGUCAUUGACGAGGACCACCCGCAGUUCAUCGGUCUCUACGAGGGUAACCGCAGCAGGGCCUACGUGAAGGACCGCGUCGAGAAUGCGGACUGCAUCAUCUACCUGGGUGCCCUCAUGACGGACUUCAACACCGGAGGCUUUUCGGCGGACCUUAAGCCGAAGAAGUUGAUCACGGCUACAAACGACAAGGUCAACGUCAAGUUCCACAGCUACGACAACAUCCCGCUCGCCACCUUCAUGGCACAGCUCAGCGAGAGGCUCACCAAGAGGGACCCCGAGAACCUCGACAUCAAGCGAGCGAUCUACGGCUGCGUGCACAAGCCCGCUCGUUACAGUGACAAGGACGACGGUGCCGAGAAGCACGCCAUGAAGAAGGGCGAGAAGACGACUCUGCGCCGCUUUUUCGACCGCGUGAGCGAUUUCCUGCAGCCCAACUCUGUGGUGAUCGCCGAGACCGGGGUGUCGAUGUUCUCGGUGGCCGAGACCCUUCUGCCCAAGGGCUGCGACUUCAUCGGACAGAUCUUCUACGGGUCCAUCGGCUAUACCGUCGGCGCCACCCUCGGCGUGGCCAUCGCCCUCAAGAACACGGACCGGGAGGUGGUGCUGUUUGUCGGUGACGGCUCGUUCCAAGUGACCGCUCAGGACCUCUCCACAUACAUUCGCAACAACCUCAAGCCCGUGGUGUUCUUGAUCAACAACGACGGCUACACCAUCGAGAGAGCCAUCACCGAUCGGCACCCGCUCUACAACAACAUCCAGCCGUGGGCCUACCACCUUCUGCCCUACGUGUUCGCCGGCGGCAAGGACGAAGCCACCAAGGGCGCCGAGGUGUUCACCGAGGACCAGCUCGACGAUGUGCUGGAGAACUUCGUGCCCAAGAACAGGAAGGAGGGCAGGAUGAGUUUGGUGGAGGUGCACUUCGACCGGAUGGACAUCCCGUCGUCCCUCGCCGCCGCUGGCGAGUCCAUGGCCAAGAAGAACCAGAUCGCCAAGUGA